AUGAUGGAUCUCUUCGUGGCCCUUGGUGUCACUGAUGGUGAUGGUUUGGUCGAUCCGGUCCCAACAAAAGUAUCCUCCGAUUUGAAAGUCCUGAGCCAACAGGCGCAAGAUGAUUGCACGCUCAUGGAACAACAAGAACAACACCAACAACAGCCCCAUACAACAGUCACUCUUAUUCGAGCAGAAAUCCAGAAUAUCGAUGCGGACGAGUUAACUGUGUCAUGCUGUGACACAGUACACAAUGUGAACAGUUUGAAACAAUCCCCGUGCACUUCUGCACCGGGAAUGCGACGGAAACGUAGACAAGAUUGGUGUCGAUGGCCCAUCUGUGGACAGUUUCGGGCUACAGGAUAUUGUGCCUCUGCAGUCCCGGGCGGACCAGAUUAUCCCGGUUGUAUGCGAGCACAUGUGGGUCCAAACGACAGUGUACCAGUCACGCCGGAAGGAGACGUACGCGUGUGUUUCGAUUCAAUGGGACUGAUGGAUCUCAAAUGCACCCGACCGGACUGUCACUUCUAUCAUCCACCAAAGCCAAUACGCGAUCAAAUAGUCGCAAAGCGUCACGCUCAAUAUCUUCGAGAGAAGGUAUUCAAAACCGGUUCAGAUAUCCCCCUGUCAGGCAGAUGCCCGUCACCAACCGCGUCUAGACACGAUGCAACCACCAAUGAGGUGUCAAUCGACCCACACUGGCCUAUCGACCCCAUGCAAAAUCAUCAUCCACACACCGGACCCCCACUCUUCAGGUCUUACCCACAAACCACUGUCUCAUCAAACUUGAACGAUUCGUUGAACUCACUCAUAUCUGCUUAUCUGAAUGAGUCGAUCUCUAAUGCAACCAUAUACCCCAAUGUAACAUCUGGCCUAUUGACACAAAACUCUCAGUGCAUGCUUCCAAGUCGACAACCGGUCGAUCUUGGCGGCUUUAAUUCCUACAACAUUGCUUCCACCAGGUGUGCUAAUCAGGCUGCUUUGACACUACUCACAGGGGCACACACGACGGUUGACACAAAUGCCCAACUUUCUUCUACACGGUCAGAGGUGGGGCAGGAUUGGACCAAGCAGUUUGACUCAACCUGGGUUCAGUUACUGAGUAAAUUUCAACCACUGCCGAUUAACGGUCUUGGAUCCCCGCCAGCACUCUCAUCGUUGUUCAACUCGGGGCUGAACAUUCCUAUUCCUUAUAAAUCAUCGUCGAUUCCGAUGCAACCAUGCCCUCUUCCGUUGGAGAAUCCAUUGUGGACCAACCCGAUGAAUCUGAUUCCGGGAUCCAACUACUUCAAUCAGAUGAACCAUCAACUAAUUACCGGAACCCACGUUCCUUUGGGUCGCAGUUGUGCUGGCACUGGUUUAAUUCCCGCAUCGCUGGCCGCCACAUUUCCCUUCCCCACGCCGCUGACACAUCUUUCCAUGAAUCGGUUGUUGACCGGCGGUGAUCCAUUGGCUUAUGGCCAGGCCAGUCCAAUGCCAUUGUUCCCUCUCGCGGGCGCAUUCCCAGUCCCGGUGACCGGAUUGAUGGAUUUACCGGUGGCCGCCCCGAUUACAAAUACACAAGACAACAGUCCGCAGACUGUGAUUCCUCGUACAUGCGUUUGA